AUGACUUUGAAGAAAUUGAAGAAGGUUUCAUGGGCUACUGGACCUGAUUUUUGUCAGGUAAAACAUUAUCGAAAAGAGGAUUGCCCAUCAAAAGUUGGCAGCAGAUCUCAACAGCAUUCUCAGUUAAAGCAGACACAUCAAAAGAGACUUUCUUCCAAAUCUUUGGCUAUAUGGAAAUGCCCUCCCAAGUUUCAUUUGAAUAAGAAAUGGCUAGUGGUUGCUGGUGAAGAAAGUAAAGAAGCCAGUAAGCAGGAGCAUAGGAAAAGGAGGGUGAUUGAGGCGGUUUUCCCUAAUAAGUCUGCAAUUCCUCCAAAUCCUUACAACUUGUCUGACCUGGAACAAAGUUAUGAUGAUGACCAAACUCCAGUAAUCCAAACCACUCCUAUAGAAGAAGAAGCAGAUGUAGAAGUUGCAGCCCAAACCAUCUGCUGCAAAUCGCCAGAUGCAUGUCUACUUAACAGUACAUCAUCUGUCAGGAUAGUUACUUCUCAAAAGCUACCUGAUAAUGGAAAAUCGCUUCCAAAGUCUUUGUCAACCUUUCCAAAUCCCAGAAAACCUCCGAGAAACUCUCCUUUUUCUAAAAGAUCCCUUUUUAAUGUGCAAUCUACUCUACCAUAUCAUUCAAGAUAUCAAAAUCUGAAGGGAUCUGAGCAAACCCAAGUUUCUCCUAAACUACCUGUUAGUUACAGCUCUGUUCCCCAGUAUAGGCCUACAUUUAAAAAUAUCGGCACUCAGACUGAAACUUUUCCAGACCAACCAGCUAAUGAAAACCAUGAGCCCAAGUAUCGAACAACAUGUGAAAACCAGAAUAUUCCCCAGCUCAAGUCUCAAGUUUCUGGAAUGGCACCUGCUAAGCACAACCCUGUCACCGAAUCUCCAUCCACGCGUGAUUUGACAGUUGAUGUAGCCACAGCUGUAGCUGCUCUUGCAAAAAGUCAAGAGCAGGGUAGUUGGAUCGAUACCAACUUAUUGGUUAGGCUUCUCCUCAACCCAGAAGAAAUACCAAAGUUGAUGAAUGAACGUGGCAUGAAUACCAAUGUUGCAACUGCUGCUGCAGUAGCUGUUUCUCUCAAUGCUGCCAUGUCUAGGCCAGUGGAUCUACUGGUUCCCUUGCCCAGGACAAAACCGGAUAAGGUAAUUAACAAGCCCAUUAAUGAAUGCCAAGCUCCCCAUGCAGGAUCUGGACAAAGUUUUGGGCCAAAGCCAAUGGAAAAAUCUGUGCCUUUGACAAUGACUAAGCCUGAAACAUCUGUGAAAAGUGAUUUGGUUAAUGAACAAGGGACCCCUCCUCAGGUAGAAACUGCAAACAUUAGAGAGAGUAAGUCACUAGCCUACUCCACUUCAGACCUUGAUCUGGAAAAUAUUAAGAAACUGAUUAGCAAAUAUGGAGUACCUGACAAUGCAGGAGGAAAGCCCUUAGUUAAUUCUGAGUUGGUUUCUAGAUAUGGUCCUACCAGCUUGCAGCCUAAGUUGUCUCUUUCACCAAAUGUUGGCCAUACAUCCCCUUCCUCCUCGAUGACUAGUCAUACCCCUCUUCACAAGGAUAUCAUCAAUUACUGCAAGUCCCUGAUCAAGCAACGUGGAGAAAAAAGUGAGCAUGUGGUUGAUGAAAGCUUACAAAAUACGAAUCCUCAUGGUACUACACGGGGGACAGAUUUGUUAAAGAACCAAAAACCAAUUCCGCGCAGCUUGACACCUUGUGUUUUCUUUAAUAAACCUAAGGGAUGCCAUAAUGGUUCUUAUUGUCGCUUCUUGCAUGAUAUAUCUGGUAAAAAGAGGUCUGGGGGGAGAUCGGAAGGUCGGGAUUCGAAGAGACUGAAGUAA